AGUAAUAUAUAUCACUACACAACCUUAACACAACAAGAAACUAUAUUCUCACUGUGUGUGUAAAAAAUUGUGAAGCUAAGCUCAGCUGCAUUAAUGGAGAUGAACAUAGAUGGACAACAUGAUCCAAUUGUGUUCUUUGAUGUGGAGACGACGUACCCGAAUCCGGGUCAGGAUACGAUCCUAUAUGAAUUCGGAUCCAUAUAUGUAUGUCCAAGGAGGUUGAUUGAGCUUAAGAGUUAUUCGACCCUGAUCCGACCCGAUGACUUGGAUACAUUGCCGGAUCUUUCUUAUAAAGGCAUCACAAGAAAAGACUUAGCUUCUGCCCCUCACUUCUCUCAAGUUGCUGACACUAUCUACGAUAUCCUCCAUGAUCGAAUAUGGGCUGGACAUAAUAUUGAGGACUUUGAUUGUGCUCGAAUUAAAGAGGCGUUUGAUGGAAUUAAUAAGCCAGCACCAGAAUACAGGCACUUGAUUGAUUCACAACAUUUGUUAACGGACUGGUUUGGAAAGAGAGCUGGUAACAUGAAGCAGUUGGAUAGUCUUGCAGCUUAUUUUGGAUCUAAAGAGCAAGUGCAUAGGAGUUUGGAUGAUGUCCGGAUGAAUCUUGAAGUUGUCAAGCACUGUGGAGCUGUUUUAUUCUUGGAGGCUAUGUGUCCCGAGAUUCUUCCUCAAACUUCAUGGAUUUCACCCAAUGAAGUUUCUAUACAUUCUACGUAUGCCAUCCCUACCUCCUUUUACGAUGGAAACCCGAAAAUACGUAUUAUGCACCGCGACAUUGAUUUGAAGUUGCAUUGCAAUCGCCUCAAAGUGCGAUUUGGAAUCAGGAAGUUCGAUAAUGGAACUCACUUUCGUGGUGGAUGCCUCUUCACUUUUAUGUGAAAUUCUUGACAAAUGUGAUGUUCGUGCGGAGCAGAUGUACAAGGAUUUUGGUGGUAACUCGGAAUGGUUGCCUGUUGUUCACAGAGUUUAUCAAAGCAUUCGAUUGCGCUUGAAGGCUAGAGGGGAAACACAUAUAGAGAGACAUCAAAAUGGAUCUUUCACCAACCAAAGAGUUGAGUGCAGUAACUUUGACUCUGCAGAAUUAGAGAGAUUGAUCAUUCCUGGGAACUUUGUGGAUGCAUAUCUCUCUUUGGACACCUUUGAUUAUAUGGAGAAAGCAGGAAUCCGCUUAGUGGCUGAUAAGUUGAUUAUACAUCACUAGUACUUCCUAACGUAUUAUUCUGAGCUUAAACGGGAAAACAUGGUCAGUCAAGAUUAUAUAGUUGAUUCUAACUUGUUUGGGAUUGAAUCAUAAUUAUUAGUAUUAUUGUUGUUGUUGUUGUUGUUGUUGUCGUUGUUGUUGUUGUUGGUAUUGUUGUUGUUCUUUCGUAUAAUCCUGAGCUUAAGUAGAAAAAUAUGGUAAGUUAGGAUUCAUAUAGGGACCUCAAUUUCUUUGGUAUUGAGAUGUAGUUGUUGUUAUUAUUGUUUUCUACCGUAUUAUUUUGAGCUUAAACAGAAAAAUAUGAUCAACAAGGAUUCAUAGAAGCAACCUUGAUUGUCUGGAAUUGAGGAGUAGCUAUUGUUGUUGUUUCGUAAUUUAUUAUUCUGGCUUAAAUAGUGUCCAUUGUAAAGUUGAUAUGAUGUCCUGUAGAAAGUGUACCUUGCUAUUUUAUGAAUGUAACAAGUAUUAACAAAGGGAUUGGAUAAGUUUGGUUU